GAAAGAAGAAACUAAAGAAAAGAAAAGAAAAGAGUCUCAAAAAGCUUGGAUUGAGCCCCAAGCCACCGAUUUCCUCUGAAAAAGCGAUCGACAUUGCAAACACACCUCACUCAGACCAAUUUCAACUACAACGAAACCCUAAUUUUCUCCCAUGUCGAUCUUCGAGUACAAUGGAAGUGCCCUGGUUGCCAUGGUGGGCAAGAACUGCUUCGCCAUCGCCAGCGAUCGGAGGCUCGGAGUUCAGCUCCAAACAAUCGCCACUGAUUUCCAGAAGAUUUACAAAGUCCACGAUAGGCUUUACCUCGGUCUCUCCGGCCUUGGCACCGAUGCUCAGACUCUGUACCAGAGGCUAGUGUUCAGGCACAAGCUGUAUCAACUUCGUGAGGAAAGGGAUAUGAAGCCCGAGACUUUUGCCAGCCUUGUCUCAGCUAUUCUUUACGAGAAAAGGUUUGGGCCAUAUUUCUGUCAACCUGUUAUUGCUGGAUUGAGCGACGAGGAUAAGCCUUUCAUCUGUACCAUGGAUUCAAUUGGCGCUAAGGAACUGGCAAAAGAUUUUGUGGUUGCUGGCACUGCAUCUGAGUCUCUUUAUGGUGCUUGCGAGGCAAUGUUCAAGCCUGACUUGGAACCAGAGGAUCUAUUUGAGGUUGUCUCACAAGCACUGCUAUCAUCAGUAGACCGAGACUGUUUGAGUGGAUGGGGAGGCCAUGUCUAUGUUGUAACACCCACUGAAGUGACCGAGAGGAUCUUGAAGGGAAGAAUGGAUUGAGGUUUGCUAUUACGCCGAAGCGAAUCUGUUAAUCGAAGCCUUUCAAUUUUCUUUUAGGUGGUCAGUGUUCCCAUGUCCUUGUCGCUUGUCGAUGGGAAUGUGGGAAACCAUAAAGCUUUUCAGAUGACCAGGGGAUGGGAUUUACUUUGUGUCAACGACUUGUUUUAUGUGCUCUGAUAAUGAUUUAAGAACUGUAUUAUCAAUUGAUAUAGUUGCGUUUCUCAUCAGUAAGAAAGAAUUCAUCGGAA